AUGGCAGCAGCAUUUCUGACAGUUAUAUUUCCGCUCUUAUUAAUUGCACUUCCCUUACACGCAGAUUUUCAGAAAAUUAAGUUCAAAAAUUGUAAAUCGGCAUUUAAUAUCGUAAACGUAGAAGUGGAUGGAUGUGUGGGCUCAUCGCAGAAUCACUGUGCUUUCAAAAAAGGCACAACACCGCAUUUACGGAUCGAAUUUGUGCCAACAAGAAGAACGGAGAGUCUUGAAACUACAGUACGCGCAAAAAUUGCCAACAGCGUCAUAGUAUCAUUCAAUUUAGGACAAAAAGAUGCCUGCAAAGGCGGUAACCUGACAUGUCCGCUCAUGGAAGGCCAAACAUACUACUAUGAGCAAGGUGUUGCCAUACUAAAAGAAUAUCCCAAGGCAGGUUUUGCCAUUAUCUUUUAA